AUGUCCAGUUCCAACAAUCAGAGCAAUACUUUUCAAGAGCGCAGAAACAAGUUAUCUGUAUGGGUCAAAAGGAUCAUCCAGCCGAAUAAGGAUCACAAGGCAGGCCUGGCGGGGGCGCGGCCGGGGCGGAGCAUGGCGCGGCGGACGGAGCCGGAGAGCAAGGAAAGGGCUGCGGAAAGCUCGGAGUCGGUGGUGAGCACGCCGAGGGGGUCGCACAGCAGCAGCAGCUCGUCGGCGCGGUCGGUGCGGAGCGUGCAGACGGCGCCGGCGCGCUGUAAGCUGCGCGGAGGCGCGUGCGCACCGGCGCCGCGGGUCGAGUUCGAGGGUGCGAACGACAACGCGAGCACGGUACCGUUGGUGUCGAUGUGCUCGUCAUCGCUCAAGUCCAGCACGUUUUCGGACGUGCACUCGGUGCAGUCGACCCGCGCGACCGUGUUCUCGAACAAGACCUUCGACACGAACUCCAGCACGAUCGGUAUCCCCCCCGCCAGCAUUGUGGACCGCGGCCGCCACACGGUCGCCGCGCCCAGCGUACUCAGCAUCGGCACGUCGCAGACGCCGCAGCCGCCGCAGGGCCGGGGCUCGAACCGCCAUGCAAACAGCAUUCACACGUCUGUGAGUCUGACGAGCAUCGCCACCAUUCUUGACUCUUAG